AUGGGUAUCUGUGCCUCGUGCCUGGGCGGCAAUCGUCAUGAAUCCCCCGAGCCCGAGUCAUCCCGCCUGCUGGAUGAGGAUCCAUAUCAGGCUGGGUAUGGUUACGGAGCCCUCAACCAAGCUCAGCAGGCAAAUCAGCCGGAUCCGGAAUAUGUGAGGCGCGAGAGAGAGGCGUUGGAUGCCAUUUGCCAAAGAACUUCGGACUCUGUCAUCGAUAUCUGGUCCCUUCAACCCCAACCCCAUCUCCAACCACAUGCAACGCUUCAUGUCCCUCGAUCUACAUCCUCAUCCCCAGCUACAAAUGAUGGAAGUCAAAAUCUCAUCGUGACCUCUGAUCAAGCAUCGACAACUAGUCGCCCUAACUCGGGAGGCGCAGUGCCCAAGCACUGGGGCGAAGUCGUCGUCAACCCGAAUAAGAAGCGCUCCCGACCCAACAUGAAGGCCGAAAAGGAUACAAGCCGCGAUGUCUUCGGUGUUCUCAAAGUGAUCUAG